AUGCCCAACUCGCCGCCUACAAACGAAGGAGAAUUUCAGGUCCAGGACAUUGCGAGCGGAGCUAAAGAGCGACGAUCGCCAGCCCUGCAAGCGGGUGAUCAGAUCUCUGGCUCGAGUGAGGAUGCAGAUAGCAUAAUUUAUCAAGAAGCAUGUGAAAUAGCAUCCUUGAAGAUACGAAAAGUCUCGGCAGGCUGCGCAAAACAGGACACUGCGCCGAAGAAGCGUUAUGAAUCUCCGAGUGAAGUCAAGUGCGAAGGCAACACAUUGUUUGAUAUACGUGAAGAAUCUCUUUUAAAACCCAACUCGCUGGAUGAGACCAGCAAGAUUCUCGAGAAUGCAUUGAUUCGGAAGAUUUCUCAACGACUCGAUUCUUUCGAGUCAGAUGCAAGUUAUGAAUCGAUUCUGUCGAAGUUAGAUAGGGAGUCAAGUUUGAAACUCUCGGACGAUGAAAACAUUGGCAAGAAGGAAGCAGAAGAAGAGAGCUCUGCUGAGACGAAAUCUCACAAGACGAGUGAGAGCGACAACGGGAAAGAGGGAGGAGCGAAGAAUGAUCUCAGUGACAAGGAUAGAUCCCCUUCCCCAGACGUCGAGCAUGAGCCUUGCCGAUCAACAUUCAAUCCUCUCUUCCGUCGAAAGAUCGAGCGGCUGAGAUAUGGUAUGCACCGUCUGAUGUUUGCACCACUUGACCCUGCGCGUUCUUCAGCAAGGUAUGAAUGCAUUGAAAGCUGCGGUGCUGGCUCGUAUGGAGAGGUUUACAAAGCGAGGAGAAGAUCCGACGGGCAGCUGGUGGCCGUCAAGGUCCUCGAGAGCGACAGAUACGCCCUGGGAGAGGCCUCGCUGCUGCGGGAGUUGGAUCACGAGUGUAUCUGCAAGCUUCUGGACUGUUUUGAGUGUGUCAACGAAGGCGUCACCUGCCUUGUCAUGCAGUACGCGUCCGGCGGUGACCUCCUGGAGCGAAUCGUCAAGAAUGGUCCGUUGACAGAACCGGUGGCGGCGGAGAUAGCGAAGCAUCUGUUAGAGGCGCUGCAGCACAUGCACUCCAAGGGAGUGGUACACCGUGACCUGAAGCCUGAGAACGUCUUGUACUCGAGUGAAGACUCCAGGAAGCCGCUGCUGGCGGAUUUCGGCGUAGGGAAGCGACUGAACGCUCCUUGCGAUCGAGUCGAGGAGAGCGAAGCUGCUCGCAACACGACAGAUGCCCUCAAGACGCAUACGCAGCAGAUCGGAACGCUGGGAUACAGUGCUCCUGAAGUGUUCAGCGAGCAGGGACAUAGCUUCGCUGCUGACGUGUGGAGCUUCGGGGCGAUGAUUUACGUGCUCCUGUGCGGCUACCACCCGUUCGACAUGGGAGACGAUGCGGACGAAGUGAUUCAGGAGCGAGUUCGGAACGGAGAAGUGCUGCCGAUGAGGGGAGGAAGCUGGUCCGCCGUCUCCGAGGAGGCGAAGGACUUUGUGUCUGCUUGCCUGAAGGUGGACGUGGCCGAGAGGCUGACGGUGGACCAGUGCUUGAAGCACGCGUGGCUGAGCAAGGACUUCAUGGACGUGGUGGAGCUCGUGGACGCGUUUGGCAGGCUGCAAUUCUAUCACAACUCAAGGAGGGAGAGCAGGAAUCAGGCGGCUGCUCAGACGGCGACGAGAGUGAAGAGGAAACGAGAAGCCUCCGUGGCGAGCGAUGAUGGCAGCGCAGGCAGUUUGACUCCAACUCCCUCCAAGAAUCUCAAGUCCAUCAGCCGUCCUCUCCCUACCACAGCUGAAGCUUAUGUUCACGAGGGGGUUGACCCGUUCUCGGAGGAGGACGUGGAGAGCAACAUGGGAGAGAUGUGGUUGGCGAAGACGAAGCUAGAUCAUGAGAAGAGGGAUAGGAAGCGAGUCCAUGCGGAGAAGGCAGGAGGACUGCAGACUUGCCCUGAGGUUUCUCCUCCCUCCAACAGCCUCACGCAGCAGGAAGCGAGGGUUGAACCCUUCAGGGACGAUGAGGGAGAGGGAGUGAGAGACUUGUCGCUGAGAGACUUACAAAUGGGGAGCGACGUCACCUUGUUCGGGCAGGACACGAGGAGAGAGAAGAAGGGAACAGCCAAGACAAGAAACAAGCUGAAGGCCAACACAGACUGCAAGAAGGACAAUCUUACCUUAGAGUUCGACAAUUUCUGCUCAGUCGAGGGUCUGGCGAUCAACUCCAUAGGAAGCCUCUCGAUGCUGACGCAGGAGGAGGCGGCAGGCAAGGUCCCGGCGGGCAGCAAGCAUUGCAACUCGCUCCACAACUCGGAGAGUCUCCUGUCGGAGCUCCACAUCGAGGAUGGUGAACCUUCUAGGAGCGACAUCGCUGCAGAGGGUCAGUGGGCCGAGGCGACUCAUGCUGAGCGACCAGCAGCCAAGAGACGAACCAACUCUGAGGCACCCGUCCCUGACUCAUCACCCCAGCUGCAGCCCUUGAUAGUGGACCUCACGAUCAACGAAGGAGGAGAGCCGCAGGAAAUCGUUGAGCUCGGAAGCAACUGA